GAGAAUAUAUUUCUUUAUUACGAUGGCGGUAACUAUAUAACUGGCUCCAUUUUGUUUUUUAGAUUACAAGUUCACUGAUACAACUAUCUUGUAAUGAGGCUUCUUGAAGUUUUGAAAAAAGUUGCAAUUGAAUUUUGUUCGCAUACCUCUCUACAUGGAAUGCAAUAUACUGUUGAACCUCGAAGAGCGCUCAUUGAAAGAUUAUUCUGGAGACUGGCUAUAUUUGGAGCAUUAGUCGGCUCAGUGUUGAGUUUCCGAGCAAUAUGCAAUGCAAAGUAUUUCCAGUCACAAGUCAUUACCUCCAUUGUGGCUACCAGCUAUCCCACCUUUACGCUUGAACAGCCAGCCAUAACAAUUUGCAACGCCAACAGGGCAUUCAAAUCAUCUGCGGAUCGUUUCUUCAAGACGAUGAAUUUUCAUGACGAAAGCGAGAAGGAAGAACUUCAACAUUCGCUUCCCAAAUUAAUUGAACAUUUUUCCAUCCCAAACAUAAGACAAGCGAUCUCUGAUAGGCACAUGAUCAUGAAGUGGACUGAUUACCUUCAGAACAAUGGUUGGACUUUAAAUGAAUUUAUGCUUUACCUCUCUCAGAAAUGUUCUGAUAUGAUAGUUGGGUGCACUAUUGGGAUGACAGAGGUUGACUGUUCAGAUAUUGUCAGUACGACGAGGACUGGUCUUGGGUUUUGCUGUUCUGUUGCUUAUAUGCAGAAUAGAGAUGCUCUAUUAGUACGUCAUGCUCCUGAAAGCCCUCAAAAAACCAGCAUACCAUUUGUACAAUCUGGCUAUGAAAAUGGAUUAAGUUUCUUACUCAACCUUUCUCAACAAGAUUCCACGUUCAGUGAAUUUUAUAAGAACAGUGCAGCAGUUUUCAUACAUUCUCCAAUGGAUUUUCCGUCCAUUCACACUGUUAAAAUAUACAUCUCAGAUGGAGCAGAAACAUUUUCCAGAAUUAAAUCCACUGGCAUGUUGUACACGCCUGGUCUUGAAGAUUUGGACCCAAUUUCAAGACAGUGUUACAUGGAAGACGAGAUAAAAUUGAAAUAUUUCGAUCAUUACACUUUUGGAAAUUGUUUUAUGGAGAAUCAUAUGGAGUUGUUGAUUAGUAGAUGCAACUGUUUAAAGCCUCAGUAUCCCAAUCAAGGGAUCUUCAAAGAAUGCACUAUCUUCAAUCACCUCUGUGUUAAUUCCCUGACGUAUCCACAUGUGGGAGGUAGAAGGAUAUUUAUCACCAUUAAUGGCAGUAGAAUUCCUUGUUUGGAGAGAUGCGUCUAUUCACGAUUCUCCCCAGCAGUUACUGUAGGAAGGCUAGAUGGUCACCAAUACAAUACUAAUAAACCAUGGAAUGGUAUGAAUGUCACAGGAUUAACAGUAUUGCAUACGUUUCAACAAUCGUUUGAAUCAAGAGCUUACAAGAGAACAGCACUUGUGAGUCAUUGGCGAAAAAUAGUUGUGGUUGGUGGUUUGGCUGGAGUGGUAUUUGGAUUGAAUUUAUUGAAUAUCGUUGAAUUUAUCUACUUUUUGACAUCUCCAUUCUUCUCCUAUCUCAAGAAGCAGUUCUGUUCACCAGGCAACAAUAAAAAAGUUGGAAUCGAUCAUAGGCCUAAUGUGGAACAGAAGUCCAUACGAAUCUUCGUUACGAGUCGUCCCAAUGUUAUUUCACAGUAAUGUCACAAUAAUGACAACAGGUGACUUAUGUUCAACAUUUAUUUAUUGUUUGGUGAUAUAUUUAGUUGGUUCUAUUUUAGUGGACAAUUUCAACUACAUAAGCCUAAUGUUCUAUGAUAUUAUGAUGUGUUGAACAGAUGAAUAUCUUAUCUUAUGACUAUCUACUACUAACACUGCACUACUAUCAACAAUAUUAUUAUAACUAGCUUGAGAAAUAGAUUAAUGUCUAAAAGAUGCACUAA